AGGGCUCUGGUUGGCGUAGAGAGAAUGGGAUGGAAAGGCUUUGUGGAAGGCUGGAUAGCUUCAGUAGUAGCAGGAGUGUCGACGCAUCCGCUAGAUUUGAUCAAAGUCAGAAUGCAGCUCCAGGGAGAACAGGGAAAGAUGCAGGAAAGCUACAUGAAUCCAUUCGUGAUGGGAGCGAAGCUCGUCCGGGCAGAAGGAUUUGCAGGACUCUACGCUGGUGUGUCAGCGGCAAUGCUGAGACAGACUCUAUACGCCUCGACGAGGCUGGGGAUUUACGACAUGCUCAAGCACAGGUUGAGCGGCGAUAGUGGCUCGGGUGGCGGAGUUGUAGGUGGUGCGGAUCUUCCACUCUUUCAGAAGGUUGCUGCUGCUCUGAUCGCCGGAGGGAUCGGUGCCGCAGCUGGAAAUCCCGCGGACGUUGUCAUGGUGAGAAUGCAAGCCGACGGUAGGCUCCCGGCGAAAGAACGCAGGAGCUACAGGAACGCUUUCGACGCUCUCUCCCAGAUGGUGAGAAACGAGGGGAUCCUGUCGCUGUGGAGGGGCUCCUCUCUCACGGUCCAGAGGGCGAUGAUCGUCACCGCGGUGCAGCUUGCGAGCUACGACCAUGUCAAGGAGACGCUGGCGUUUUACAAGAUCACCAACGAGGGCAUCGCCACGCACCUGGUGGCGAGCUUGACGUCGGGGUUUCUCACGUCGGUGGUGUCGGAGCCGAUCGACGUGAUCAAGACGAGGGUGAUGAACAUGAAGGUGGUGUUUGGGAAGACGCCGCCUUACAGGAAUGCUAUCGAUUGUGCCAUGAAGACGAUCCGGUCGGAGGGAGUGCUUGCGUUGUACAAGGGGUUGCUUCCGUGCUUUGCUCGGCAAGGUCCAUUUGCGGUUGUGCUCUUCAUCACGCUGGAGCAAACCAAGGAGAUGCUCAAGGAUUUUUGAGAUCUGUCCUUUCGUGUGAACUUUCACAUUUUCUGAAAAACAAAGUAAAGAACAUUUCAACUUGUCA